AAGAAUAGAGAAACUUGACCCAGUUUUGAGGAUUUAAUGGGAUACCACUUGGGAAGGAAGAAAGAAGAUGUGCCAAUGCUGAAAUCUCACCCCUGUGUUUUUGCAUUUUCCAGAUUGUCCAGAGCCAAAUAUGUCAACUAUGAAAGCACCGAGGUUCCCAGAGAAUCCAGGGAAGAAUCUCCCAGACAAAGGACAAAAGAGUCUUACCUGGUUCACCACCAAGUAAAACGCGGUUCACACCCACUAAAGAGAAACUAUUUACCACCACGCACUCCCCCUUAUGAAGACCUUGAACCAGAUUUCAAAAUUAUCAACUGCAAGAAAAGUGAAGGCUUCUGUCAAGAAUAUUGUAAUUUUAUGGAAUCACAAGUGGGCUACUGUUCUAAAAAGAAAGAUGCCUGCUGUGUACAUAUGAACUGAAGUUGCUGACAUAGGAGCCAAAGCUUUUCUACCUGCCUGUCUUCUUGAGCCAAGUCAUCAAUUCAGGUGUGAGUUUUCUGGAAAAGUGGCUGAGCAUGAAGGAGUGGAGGCAUUGCUAUCUGAAGCAGGCAAGCUGAGCAUUUCACUGUAGCACAAGACAAGGCUAAAUCUGGUUACAUAUGAUUUUAUA